UACGUUUUGACAACCCUAUAAAUUAGUAAAAGUUUCCUGCGUUGUAAAAUCGUCACAAUACACUUGUAUGCAUUACUCACUAACUGUUUACUCUAGUCUAGUGUAUAAAUACACUACGGUACGAUAUAACACAAACGACUCGCAAUCAAAAUCACAGUCAACAGUCAGCACCGCCAAGCGACAGUUAUUGAAACAAUGGUUUUUCGUGUGUUCGUAUUUUGUACCAUAAUCGGCCUAGCGCAAAUAGCGCAAUGCAAAUUGGUAAAUUUGUCGUGUCAGCAAAUUCAUCAAUUCGUGGACGGUCACAAUUCAAGGCGCCUUGAAGUGGCAAAUGGGAAAAUAGACAGGCAACCAGGCGCUGAAAAGAUGAAGUCAGUAAUUUGGGACAAAGAACUAGCAGCCAAGGCGGAGCAUUGGGCUUCCACAAAUCCUUCCGGUCAUAACCCUGAUAGAACCGUCGGAUCCGGAAAGUUCCAAACGGGCGAAAAUCUCUACUGGUAUAUGACCACAGACAAAUCGUACAAAUUGAAUGUGGAUAACGCUCUAAAGUCGUGGUUUGAAGAGUACAAGGACUAUACCUUUGGACCCAUAAAGGGGUCUGAUUUUGCAAGCAUCAGCAAGAAGAUUGGACACUACACGCAGAUGAUAUGGUCCGAUUCAACACACGUCGGUUGCGCAGUGUCACAACAUCACGACGGAAACUGGAACAAAUUCACAGUUGUCUGCAACUACGGACCAGCUGGUAACUGGAUAGGCCAAGUGCCCUACAGAAAUGGCCACGGCAGCGGCAAACUUGUGUGCGGCGCUGGCGAUUGCUCGAGACAGUACGGAAGCAAAUGCUGAACGCUCAUUGACUAAAACGACAACACGAUUUGAUUGACUGGUUCAGGGAUCUCCAAACUUUUUGAGUGUGAGUCUGCGAUUAUCCAUCUCAGG